CAAUUCAACAUUCCUCCACAUUUAAACCCCAAAAACGUUGUUUUUCUUUGAAAAGACAAUGGAAUUAAUAUCGAGGGUCGUUUUAUUUUCAAUCAGAGGCUUUUUUGAAGGGUGAUUUUUUUCUUGAACAGUAUUCAACGAGCGUCGCAGUAACAGUUGGUACCCGUACCAAUGGUGAAGUUAGGUUUUUAGUUAAGGAUUUGUUUUUCGGCCGAGUUUAGGGUUAUAUUAGCCGAGUAAUUCGACCACCCGGGAGACGUCUCCGUGGAGAAAGGUGUCGCCCGAGAGGCCAGCUAGAAUCCACAGUGUUACGCGAGAAGCGGACGUUCUCUCGUCUCCGUUGCGGCCUGCACUCUGCAAUCCGCACUCCGCAGUCUCGGCCUCCAUUGCAGGCCCUGCCCUGCGUUUAUCCGCCGACGAGGAGUUGCUAAGGGAAAAUGAUCAGUUGGAAUUUUGCCAGAAGGAGAAUUGAAACUUCGUAACAAGCAAUGAGUCUUACAAUGGCAAAUUCUAUUGUCACUCCAGAGGAAAACUAUGGUUUUAAUUUGGAGUGGAUUGCUGAGGGCUCGGGAAUCGGAGAAGAAAUAUGCGGUGUUGACAAAGACUGUAUUGUGGUCCCGUCAUCCCCGGUCCUGCCAAAAAUCGAGCCAGACGACCCAAUGCAGCCGCAAAUUGAUGAAUAUGUUGAAAUUCAGGUUACAGAAGAAGAAGUUGUCACUGAGCAGUGGCAGACUCAGCACAAUGGUGGAGAUGUAGAAGGGCUAAAUUUCCGGACAGGGUCAGAGGAUGAUGGGAUAGUCCCUUUACCUGAAAACCAGGAUGAAUACUCAAGGCUGCAUCCAUACCCUUGCGAUUUUUGUAGCCGGAGGUUCAGCAAGAAGGCCGCGAUGACUGUUCACAUGCUAUCUCAUCAGAUAGAAAGGCCCCACGACUGUAACAUGUGUGGAGCCACUUAUAAACGAAAAUUUGAUCUUGUGGAACACAUGAAAAUCCACGCUUACGCACCACCACCUCGGGAAGAGGAGGAUUAUGAGAAUCUCUCAACAGUCCCUGAAGCGAAAGCAAAGUUGAAAAAAAAGAAGAAAAGGGUGAAACAAACACUCCACACAAUGCUAACCGAUAAAAAACAGAAGAAACAGACUUUCUCAAACAACUACGAUUCAGCUUUACAGGAAGAAAUGAGGCUGAUGGUGGAAUCGGUUCAACCGAAGUUUCCUGUGAUAGACCCAGCCAGGCCUUACGUCUGCCAGCACUGCGGAGUUGGCUUUGCUCGUGAGAAAGCCCUCUUAUCCCACAACAUGAUCCAUGUCGGAGAUUCCGCAUACGAGUGUGAUAGAUGCCAUGACAUGUUCCAAACAGAAAGACAAUUAUCGGAUCAUAUGAGCAAUAAACAUGGGAAGUACAACACCAACACAGUCAGCAAGAAAAAAUCAACCAACCACGCCCCUCCUAUAGAGAACAUUCAGAUUAAACAAGAAACUAUAGAUCUGACAGAAGAGCAUAUGUGUCAGCUAUGUACAAUAAUAUUUAACACUGCUGAAGAACUUGCCUGUCAUAAGGAAGAUCAUGACCCAGAUAUUGGAGUCCACUCGUGUUAUCUUUGUACAGAAGUUUAUGAAAGCUUGGUCGAUUUAAGAGAUCACAUCAAGUUAUCACAUAGUACUACUCAUUGGUGCCAUCAGUGUGACAAGGUUUUUAAGGAUCACGUUACCUUGAGUUAUCACCUUGUAAACCAUGAGUCUAAAAUGACAUGCCCACUCUGUAGUAGGAAAUUCACGAGCAAGCUGUCAUUUAGAAGACAUAUAACAACUCAUGAGGACAAACAAGUGUUGAUGUGUUCAGAAUGCGGGAGCCAUUUUGCGGACGGCAGUUCCCUCCUUUACCACAAGCAAACGGACCAUGGAUUGAACAUGGCAAGGCUCUUCCCUUGCCUGGAAUGUGGGAAGACGUUCAACUCCAGGUCAUCUCAGCAAAUUCACAUCAGGAUUCAUACAGGAGAAAAGCCGUACGGUUGCAGGUUUUGCUGGAAAGCUUUCGGCGAUGGUGGCACAUUAAGAAAACACGAAAGGAUACACACUGGAGAAAAACCAUAUGUUUGUCCUGUCUGUUCGAAAGCAUUUAAUCAAAGAGUGGUUCUUCGUGAACAUGUUCGAGCUCAUCAUUCAGGAACUGAAAGUAGACUAAGUGAAAAUUGUUACGAGUGUAUAGUAUGUGGUCAAUUGUUUGUAAAUUCUGGUGAACUGUGUGCCCAUUUGGUACAGCACAGUGAUGAAAACACGGCUAAGCAUAGGCUGCCGACUACAAGAAAGAGUAGUAAAAAGCGAAAAUUGAACAGUACACCCGGUUUUGAAAAACUGACCGGCAUGAAUUCAACAAUGAUGACCACCUCAACAACGACAAACUUCACCCAGUCAUUGUUUUCGAUGGAGCCCGAUUUUGCCGAAGUCACUAAUUUUUUUACACCCCCGACUCCGAAAAAGAAAUUAGCUUCUCCCGUUCGCCAUCCUAAACUACAUGAAACUAGUUUGGACAGUGUUAUGAAAGCAGGGGAAUCAGCAAUAGAAAGUAUGAAUUCCAUAUUGGCGAAGUCUAGUCCUAAGAGGGCAAGAAUAGUUAGAUCGGGAAAGAAAGGUUUCCACAAAGGCCAAAACAAGCGAUUUCAAAAAGGUAAAUCGAAAACGACUCGGUUAUUGAGUAACUCGAGCUACGCGAGCAAAUAUGUUGUGAGUCAGCCGGAUGAAUUUUUUGUUGCUGAAGGUGAAAGUGGAAAUUUGGGUUUAGAUUCCAGUUCAGACCCUUUGUUGACAAACGGCAGUGAUUCAAUGCCCAGAAGUAGACCCAGAACAAAAAACGUUAGCUAUCAUAACUUAAAGACUGAGCCGAGAUUUGAAUUAGCAACUUUUCCAGUCGUUGAGGAGCAGGCCCCCCCUGUACCAUCAAAACCAAAGAAAAAGAAGUCAAGUAAAUCAAAAUCAAAGAAAGAAACGUUACAAAAUCACCGUCACUCUCAAUUUUCAAAACAUCGGCCGCAAAAACAGCAAAAAGUGCAACAAAACAAAGUGCAGCAUCAUCUUCAUCCGAUCGAUACCCAGUAUGUGAACGGUAUCGAUCCGAGUCUCUUUGAAGAUCACCAUUCUGGGGAACCGAUCGAAACUUGCAUUGUUGACGAUAUUGAUGUCGAACUGAAGCUUGAAGAUCGGACUACAGACUCAGAAAUAAUUAUUCCAAAAAUAGAAGAUAUGGAAAUAAAAACAGAAAUUGUUUCUUGUGAUAUGUGUAGUGAAGUAUUCAACAGUCGGUCUGACCUUUUCAAACACAUUCAGAUACAUAUUUAGUACUUCAGAUUUUAACUUUAAUCAGAUACGAGAAACAAAAUUUUUCAACCGAUUAAGGCUUUACUAGUAAAAGUUCUUUCGUUUUUCUUUUUCUUUUUUUUUUUUUUUUAAAGUCAAAAACUAACUAAACAAGGAUGGAAUUGCAAAUUCACAUUUUUAAGGAAGUUACCUUGUAUAAUCUUUGGCCUCGGUAUUUUAGUUUUCUUAGAAUUGUGAUAGUUUGUACAUUUAUGUGCUGUAAAUAUAAUUUAAAUUCUUUAAUUCCUCCUACAAUUUCUUAGAUUGUGAAUGUAAUUGUACACUUCUGAUUUUGAAAAUACAUGCUUAUUUUGUUUUA